AGCUGGCUAACGAAACGAAACUAGGGAAACUUCUGCCACGUCAGAAAGUGGUAGGACAGAAACCGUAUUCCAAAAUUUAGUGUACCUCAUCACGCUAUAACUAUUUUGCCUUGUCUACUAGCACAUUGUUCUGGGUGUUUUUAAAGCUGUAACCUCUUCGGACAGAAAAAAAAAACAGUUAUUCAAAGACAAACACCGGAGGAUCAUCACACCACCUCAGCAGGAGCAGCUGUCGUUUGGUCUAACGUUAGCUAAACAGUAGUUGGGAUCAACAGGAUGGAAAGUAAAUAUAAUCUGAAGAGCCCAGCUGUGAAGCGACUGAUGAAGGAAGCAGCAGAACUGCGAGACCCAACGGAGCAUUACCACGCUCAACCACUAGAGGAUAAUCUCUUUGAGUGGCACUUCUCUGUGCGAGGCCCACCAGACUCCGACUUUGAUGGUGGGGUCUACCACGGCAGGAUCGUGCUUCCCCCGGAGUACCCCAUGAAGCCCCCAAGCAUCAUCCUGCUAACGCCGAACGGCAGGUUUGAGGUGGGGAAGAAGAUCUGUCUCAGCAUCUCCGGCCACCACCCCGAGACCUGGCAGCCCUCCUGGAGCAUACGGACCGCGCUAAUAGCUAUAAUCGGAUUUAUGCCAACCAAAGGAGAGGGAGCAAUAGGAUCUCUUGAUUAUACCCCAGAGGAGAGGAGAGCCCUCGCCAAAAAGUCCCAGGACUUCUGCUGUGAGGUGUGCGGCUGCUCCAUGCAGUCUGCUCUCCUGGCUCUGUCCCCCAACAGCACCCCCCGCCCAGAGGACCAUGAAGCCAAAGAACUUGCACAGAAGAUCAACUUUAAGGCUGAAGCCAGCUCGUCCAGUAAAGCCGGGCUGAGCAGCGGGGCCGAGAGCCAAGCCGCCUCCGACAGCCAGGAGGGGGAGCCUUCCACAGACAGCCAAGCCAGUGCGGAGCCAACACUAAUCCCUGAGACAGAGGCGCCUGGCCCAUCGGCCGUCAGUGAGGAGAGCCCUCUCUCCACAUCGGUUCCCCCGGAGGCCCCGAGCAGCAGCAGCAGCAGCUCCCGCUCCUUGAGUCCGCGCCAGCGUCGCGCUCAGCAGCAGGGCCAGCAGCAGCAGCAGCAGCAGCCCCGCCGCGCUCCGUUCCCAGCAUUCCCUGCAGCGCCGCAGCCACCCGCCGACGGCACCCAGGCUGGCUCUGCCGUGCUCAUCGUGCUGCUCACUCUGGCUCUCACAGCUCUCAUCUUCCGUAGGAUCUAUCUGGCUAAUGACUACAAGUUUGACUAUGAGCUGUGACGACGUACGAACGCACACACAAACACACAUACAUUAUUAAAGUAAACAGAAACGCACAGAUACAUGGCCCAUGUAACUCAACCCAGUAUAACUGACACUGCCCAAGUACCAGCCAGACAGACACUGUCCCUGCCACAUGAGAGAAAAAAAAAGAUGUCUUCUGCCAUUGCCCAGUAUGGGGUAGAGACUAAGGCAGGCCUGGGUGACUUCUUUGUGUAACCGCUUAAGGUUUUGUCCGUAAUGUUGGCAUCUUUGCAUUCCUGAAGUUUGGAGUCACAGCAGUAAUUGAGCAGAGAUGUCAAGUUUUUAAGAAGUUCAAGCACCAUGUAGAAAAAAAUUUAUGAUCUUUUACCUCCACAUCAGAAGCAAAACUGCAGCCUAUUAUACAAAUCUUGAUAUAUUUAGAACAUUAUCUUACCAAAUUAUGAAGUCUAUGCUAUUGAUGUAUUAUAAUGUAAAACUCGUUUUUGUGAGUCAUUGUUUAAAUUGACAUUUUAAUCGAGAGCUGAAUUGCUUAUUACCAGAUGUUAAUUUUAAUUUUAAUUAGCGUGUUCUGCAUUGUUUGUUGCUGUUAGGAACAGCAUAGAUCAAUGUAUGUAUCUCUUAGGUUAAGUAAGUUAUUUACAUUAUAAAAAUCAGUCCAAAUCUCUGCUCUACUAGGGAGGGUAAUUGGGAAUGUAUGUUCUAAAAUAUCAGUUACUACUGUACUGUAAAACCUCAACAUCCACAAGAUGGACCAUUAGUACAAGUAAACUGUCCAAAUGGUACUCGUGAGUGACUAUGUCAAAGGUCACUUAUUUACAAUGCAAUUAUGUGGUAUUAUUUUCCUGUUUUUAAGUUGAGUUUAUUUCGGUGUUUGACCACCACAUCAUGCUUUUACAGCUAAAAAAUGAGUGGCCAGUGACGAAUAGCAUGUGACUACUAGUUUCUUCAAGGAGAAAAGAGACUGACAAUAAAUUGCCUGCCUGGGCAGUGACAACAAUGAACAUAAUUUAUGGAUAUUUUUUGUA